GUGAUGAUGAGACCCAAAAUUUAAUUGGAUCCAGAAACAACCAUAUCCUCAUUUUAGGAUGCAAAACAAUCUAACUUACACAAGAGUAUGAUUCUUCAAUUUAAAAAUAUCAUUCCUAUCGGAAAAUGUAUCUAAAGACCAGAUAAUUAAUGAUGAGUCAAAGGAAUCGGAAACGAAGAAAUUUUUUGUUUUAAGAUAUUUGAGAGUCAUUACUUGACCUGUAUUUGCUACUGCUAUUUCCUUUUAGAUGCCCUCUUAAAAUUUAACAUAAUUGGAUUGAAUUUCCAUGGUCAAAUACUAACAAAUUUUUAGUAUCAUUUAUUGCAAG